UAUUAACCAUUGCACAAUAUCUUCCUGUCAGUUACUGAAAUGUUUAAGAAUGAAUUUUGUAAGGACCUGUGUUUCUGUUCUUUCUUGAUUUGUAAGUUGCUGGUAACUUUCCCUAGAACUUGUAUUGCCCUUUUGACAGUUAUACUCACCUGCUAUACUUUAUAUCAUUUUCACAAAUAUCUCAGCAGCUUACUUUGUAGUUUCAGAAACGGGAGCGAGCAAAAGAAAAGAGCUUGAAGCUUAGGGCAUGAAAAGAGAGCAAGGAUGGUGUUUGGAAAGCAAAUGGAAUGGACAGAGGCAAGGCCUUCGUCUCUCUGCAGAAAUGUGCCAAACGUCUGCUCUGUCUUCUUUGCAAAGUAACACUUAUUUCAGAAAAUGAGCUUAACUACCCUUCUAAAAGAUUCUCUUUCAUCUGUCCAGCAGAGGAGUCUAUAAUUGCAGGUUUAUCAUCCAGACUGUUUCACUUCGUUCCCCAGUGAAUUUUGUACUGGUUUGGAGGGUGAUGAAGCAAAUGACAGAUGAAACUGGCUGCAAAUUGGCGCAAACGAGACAAAUCAGUGGCUUUAAAGAAAUGAGAGGGACUGAAAAAAGAACAGAGAGUGAGAAGGAGCAAAUGUGCAGGAGGAGGGUUGAGAGUGGAAAUACAUCAGGGCCGCUCGUGGGAGGUGCAGCAAAAAAGACAUGUGCCACAACAGACUUUGCAUGUAAGAAUGGGCAGUGUGUCCCGGCCCGAUGGAGGUGUGAUGGAGAACCAGAGUGUUCAGAUGGUUCGGAUGAAGCAGACUCCACCUGCAGUCGACAGACGUGUCCACCAGAGAAGUUUGACUGUGGUGGCUCGACGAGCAAAUGCGUGUCGUUGUCAUGGCGCUGCGAUGGUGAACAGGACUGUGAAAAUGGAGCAGAUGAGGAGCAGUGUGCUGCAGAUGCUAAGGCUUGCCCUGCUAAAGAGUUCCAGUGCCGUAAUCGUCUGUGUGUGGCCCCCACGUUUGUCUGCGAUGGGGAUGAUGACUGCGGCGACGGCAGCGAUGAGGAGAAGUGCACGGCAGCCACCGCCAGCACCUGCGGGCCGCAUGAGUUUCGCUGUGACGACUCAGAGUGUAUCCCAGCGCCAUGGAGCUGCGACGGAGAUCCCGACUGCAGAGACAAGUCUGACGAAUCUCUGGAGCGUUGCAGCCGCAGGACGGAGCCUCAAAAACCCCACUGCACUGUGGGAGAGUUCCGGUGCAGGAGUGGAGAGUGUAUUCACCUCAACUGGAAAUGCGACGGAGAUGUAGACUGCAAGGACAAGUCUGAUGAGGCCAACUGUCCUGUGCUGACCUGUCGUCCUGAUGAGUUCCAGUGUGGUGAUGGCUCCUGCAUUCACGGAACUAAACAAUGUAACAAAGUGCACGACUGUCCAGAUUUCAGCGACGAGGCUGGCUGCAUUAACAAAACCACCAAAUGUGAAGGUCCGCUGAAGUUCAUAUGUAAGAGCGGGGAAUGUAUCGAUAGCAGUAAAGUGUGCGACAGUCUCAAGGACUGCAAGGACUGGUCUGAUGAGCCUGUGAAGGAGUGCGGUCUGAAUGAAUGUGCCAUUACCAAUGGAGGCUGCUCUCACAUAUGUAAGGACCGGCAGAUUGGCUAUGAGUGUGAAUGUCCCUCGGGCUACAAGCUCCUGGACAAGAAGACUUGUGGAGACAUAGACGAAUGUGAGAACCCUGAUGCCUGCAGUCAAAUAUGUAUCAACCUCAAAGGCGACUACAAAUGUGAAUGCUAUGAGGGUUACGAGAUGGACCCGGUUACCAAGACAUGUAAAGCAGUGGGUAAGAGCCCAUAUCUUAUGUUUACUAACCGCCAUGAGAUCAGGCGCAUUGACCUGCUGAAGAAGGACUAUACGCAAGUAGUGCCAACCCUGAAGAACGCUGUGGCCCUAGAUGUGGACGUGACCACCAACAAGAUGUACUGGUGUGACCUCUACCAUCGCAAGAUCUUCAGCGCAUACAUCAACAAAGCCAGCGAUGCUUCUCAGCAGAUCACGCUCAUAGACACUGCGCUACAUUCCCCAGAGGGCUUAGCAAUGGACUGGGUCCAUAAGAACAUCUACUGGACCGACUCUGGACACAAAACUAUCUCUGUGGCGACUGGCGAUGGCAAGAAGAGGAAGGUGUUGAUCGACACGGAGCUUGGGGAACCACGUGCCAUCGCCGUUGACCCAAGACAAGGGUUCAUGUACUGGUCAGACUGGGGAAUGCAGGCGAAGAUCGAGAAAGCCGGAAUGAACGGGGUGGAUCGGCAGGUUCUGGUUUCAGAGAGGAUCGAGUGGCCCAAUGGGAUUGCGCUCGAUCUGUCUAGUAGACGACUCUACUGGGUGGAUUCCAAGCUUCAUCUGAUCUCCAGUGUGGACCUGAAUGGAGACAACCGUAGAGUUUUGCUGUCCUCCAUGGAUCAUCUCGGACAUCCCUUUGCCCUGACUCUUUUUGAGGACCGGGUUUACUGGACAGACUUGAAGGAUGAGGCCAUCUACAGUGUAAACCGGCUGACAGGGCAUGAUGUGGCAAUGCUGGCUCAACAUCUCAACAACCCACUGGAUGUGGUGGUGUUCCACGAGCUCCGGCAGCCUCAAGCUCCAGAUACAUGUAACAUGGGGAGUUUGCCCAAUGGAGGCUGUGAGUACCUGUGCCUCAGAGCUCCUCAGAUUACAGACCACUCGCCCAAGUACACGUGUGCCUGUCCCGACAACAUGGAACUGGGCCCAGACAUGCGCCGCUGUGUGACAGUCAAACCCAAGACAACAACUUCUGCCAGUACAACCACUACUACGACACCAGAACCUUCUACUACUGUGACUCCUACAACCACCACUCCAGCUACAAACACCGAUACACCUACAACAACCAGUACAAUCUCCACAACUACACCUACAGCUACAGUAUCAAGUACAACCACCAUCAGCCCUAGCACAACCACUCAUUCCAGCUCACAUCAUUCCACCACCACACACUCCACAGCCACUUCAACCCUACAGACCACUCAGUCUAGAACUACAUCGCCAUGGAAACAGCCAACCUCCACCCAGACGACAGCAGAUCACAGACAGACGUCUACAACCAUCACCCACGGCAACAGCAUACAAGGUGCCAAUGGCAAUCUCUCUCAUCGCGCUGGCAGUGGAAAUGACCACUUCCUUCUUGGUAGCAAUAUAACCGUUGCGGUUCUGGGUAUAGUCAUUCCAAUAGUUCCUAUCCUUGCCACAGUGGUCAUCGGCCUGAUGUGUACCGGAGGCUACCUGGUGUGGCGCAACUGGAGGAGACGGAACACCAAGAGCAUGAACUUCGACAACCCCGUUUACCGCAAGACCACAGAGGACGACGACGACGAAAUCCACAUCGGCCGCAAUGAGGAGAUUGGCCACGUCUACCCUGCAGUGAGUGGCAGUGCCAGACAGCCAUACCUAGCACUGCCACUGGGGGGCAGUAUCCCAGACCCGGCAGCUCACUGGUACUCAGGGGCACCUAUGCUGUCCAGCGCAAAGUGAACAAACAGAGGAAGACAAUCGGAUAGUGAUAAAAUGUAGGAGGGGCUAAGACAGCGUUCCCUAAGAGAGGACAUUAUGCUACCUCUUUCGUCACACGUAUUUAUACUCAUAAUUCACCACACAUUUUCAUUCAAACGUAUGUUUAAUUAGUGUACGGAUUUCCAUGGGAGGUUUCAUUAGUCUGUAUGCGUUUCCCAGAGGCUCCAUAGUAAAGAGUCAAGUUGAUGUGAAAAUAGUAUGUCAUCCAGGAACUUUUCGCCUAUUGCUUUAAGACUACUAUGAAGUCGUACAUACUUCUCUUUUCUUAUAUAUUUUUUUUCUUACUAUAUACUAGGGAAGUAUGCGAUUUUGGAUGCAGCCAUGGACUUUGGUUUCUCAUGUUGUGUGUGUGUAAAGCUUUAAAUGCUUUCCACGUUUGAAAGCUUUGAAAUUGUGCUCUCCCUUUAUCCAAUAAUUGUUGCUGGUUUUUUUUUUUUAUUAAUUCAGUAUAACUACAUUAGGGAUGAGCAACGAGCACCUUAAAUGACUGGACAAUCUUUUAAUAUAUUGUAAUUUAUUUAUUAAUUUAGGUGUCUUGCUGGUAAUUUAUUUGGGUGGUGUAAUGAUUUAUUCAUAUAUUUGCAUAACUGUCGGCCUGGGCUAAAAUACUGUAGUUAACAUGGCACUGUUGAGAGCUGUUAGUCAGAUGGUGUGAUUUGAACUUCCUGUGCUACAGUCAGCAUGUCAAGCACAAGCAAAGAUAAAGACAUCAGUCGCGCACCAGAAACGGGGCGGGCCGCCCCAGUGGCAUAACAAGAUUCUCUCCAGCGCCCCACACAUUGCGCUCUUCACAGUGUGUGUGUGUGGGGGUGGGGGGGGGUCUGCAUAUUGGAUGUUUCUGUAGCCAUCUCCUUCUCCAUGGGCCUUCUCAUUCUUUCCUAUGUGUUUAUUUCUCACCCUUUCUUUCAACGCAUGUAACUGUUUUUUAUCUGCUCUCCGCAGCGCGUGGCGCUCAGUCCGGACGAUGACGGAUUCCCCUGAGGGGAUUCUUGUACUUGCACUCUCCUUCUCCAUCCCUGAAUCCAUGCGUCCUUUAGUCCUCAUCUCUCCUUCCAUCGAGGAGGUCGCACGAGACAACGCAGCAAGGCGCAGAGAGCCAAAAGGACACAAGAGCACUUGCUCUCCACAGCCGAGGGCUACAAACUGGGUUUGUUUUCUCGUAGUGUCUUUUCCAGCCCAUAAACCCUCAGUCGGGCAAUAAUCACUAGUUCUAAAAUUAAACUACUAGCAUCAUUCUUGCUCUGUGUCAGUAGUCGUAGGUAGUGCUGUCUAAUGAUGACUAACUUCACCACGUCAGUAGUCGCUAACACUCAGUGGCUCUCCUGCUGCGCUCGUGCUGUAGUUUUUUUUUUCUUUUGUUUUUUAUUAGAAAUAGUUUUAAUAUUACUGGUUAAGCUGGUUUGAGCUGAGCUAUGGCCAUUUUGUCUGGCAAAACUUGUUGGGAGAGAAUUGUGGGAAAUCCAUGCUGUUAGCAUAAGAGAUGCAUAGAAGGAAAAUAUGAAAUAAGAUGGAGAUAGGAUGUGGAAAAUUCAUAUUUGCAUACUGAACAGAAAUUCCACCAUGUGGCUGUUAUGCAUUCAUAUAAUCUCACAAGCAAAUAAUAUACCAUAAAAAAUAAGAUUUACCUGUAAAUAAGUCAGAAUCUGUAAUUUUCUGUCCUCCUGCUUACAUACUUCCAAUGCCAAGACUAGUGUUCCAUAGUCUUCCAUAGUCACUCGAGUCAGAUUGGACCCUUCUAAAAGAUCUGCAGCCACUAUCUGGAGAUGAAGGGUUUCACCUCCCAGCUUUGAGAGGUAAUAUAUUUUUUCCAUUUUUAUUUAUUUCACCAGCACUGGGUCUUCCAUUUUUCUCAAGUUUCUAGGACCAACUAAAAUCUUCCUGCCCAGGCACAUUUAUAACCCCAAAACUUUAGCUCAGGAUGUCAGUUUUUCUAAAAUAAUACCAGUUAUCGCUAUAAUCCGUGUGGUUUGUUAUCACAAACACGCUAAUAGAUACGGUAGCCAGGGUUUGAUAAUGGCUAAAAUGCUGUUUGUUCAUAUCUAUAGUCUAGAUCACUCCCUCUCAGACAUGCAGAAACAUACAUAAAUGUGUCUUUUCCGCCUCUACAUUCGUCAUGCCUUGGAGAAAACUCUUUAGCAUUUAGCAUGCUGACGAAGAAGACACCGCCUGCCAUAUUGGGUGACUUAAUGCCGUGAUAAAUCCAAGUCGUAGAUCAAAGCUUUGCUCCUUUGAACAGUCAUCUGUUCAACACGUGGCACAGGAAAUGAGGAGUGCCUGAAUAUAGGCUUCCUGUACAUGUCAACUCUCCAACUCUCUCUGUGUGAUGAAUGAGCGCUGGGUUAUUUCUGUAUCACUGUCAGAGAGACACUGACUGAUUGGACAAUGUUUUUUUUUUUGCUGGUUUUAGUUAGGCUAGCCUGAAUUUAUGGUUUAAAGGGGUUUAAUGGAUUUAGAACUCUGGUUAUCAACCUUUUUCUCCCCCUUUGUCCAAGACUAACUGAAAAUAACAAAACACAACAAAUGUAAUUAGGGGCCCCCUGAUAGUUUGCCAUUUGCCCUGGUUGAGAACCACUGAUUUAUAGAUCUUCGAGGCCAUCUAAGCUUCAUCUAAACCAGCUUAAACCAGCAAAAAAAAAAAAAAAAAACUUAGGCUGGGUUAAGACUUUCUAGCAGGGAUUAAAUCUUGACAUGUGACGGUAUGUUUCUUUGUACUGGGUUGUGAUGUUAGAUCAGAUGGUUUUGAAGUACUAGUGAGUUGCCCUUUGUUGGAGUCUACCGAAAGUCUCUCAGACACGUAUGUUUGGUUUUGGUCCACAUGUGGCUGGUCUCGCAUCUGAAGUGGUUCUUUGUUCCUGCCACCUUUGCUCUUUGUUGUGAUGAGGCAUCUUGUGUGCGGCUCUUGUAAAACAUUCUUCCACAUUUCAAAGGAUCCUCCAUUAAGUCACUGUUUGUUUUCUGUUAGGAAGAGAGACAGUGUGGGAGUUUCGUUGCUCAGGCUUUUGUCUGUGAGGAUUAAAGAAGCUACAGUUUGUAGUUGGUUUUCUGAUCAGAUGGGCUUGAGAUUUCUUCACUGAAGACAUGUUUUGGAGAUAACAGACCUUAUGUCAUCGAUAUUAUAGUUUGUUCAUUCAUCCUUUCUCGUAUAAUUGAUAAAUUUUUGGAAGCAGUAACAGUUUAGGUGCUUUGAGUACUGAAAAUAUUGGUACUGAAAAUGCGAAACUUUAGUUUUUGAUUUAAGAAUCUCAGACUAGCAAUACAGGGUAAUCAAACUGCUUAAUGUGCUUUUUCAGAACAGUCAUGUCAUAAAUUAUUGUUUAAUCAUUAUAAAUUUGGUUUCUUCAGAAGCGCCUUACUUGGACUUGUUUGCUGGUCUUAUUAGGUCUGGUUUGCUGGUCUUUUGGGCACAUAUCAGCUUGUUUAGAAUGGAAGACCUGCUUUCUUGACCACCUAAACCAACUGGACACCAGGCUAGGAGACCAACUAAAAUGAGAAAAAAAAAACAGCCUAAACUGGUUUUAGAUGGAAUUUGGACACUUAUCAGCUGGUUUAGACUGUAAGACAAGCUUGCUGUCCAGCUAAACCAUCUGGACACCAAACUAGGUGACAAACUAAGACCAGAAACUGGUUUUAAAUGGAUUUUAGGCACUUGCCAGUUGGUCAGGCUGGAAGACCAGCUUGCUGACCAGCUAAACCAACUGAAAAUCAGCAUAGCCAGACUGGAAGACCAGUUAAGACCAGCAAAUAAGCUUAGGCUGGUUUAAUCAGUGUUUUUUUUUUUUUUUUUUUUUUUUCAAUAGGAGCAUCAUGCAUGUUUCUUUUUCCUGACCCCAAACUCAUCAUUGUUUUGAGGUGCUGCUUAUGGGUUUUUAUGGGAAACUUUGUUACAUUUAGCUCUCUAGCUGUCAAGGUUUCAUCAGACAGAUCACUUAGUGUAUUAUAAUUUAUAAACACAUGUACGAUCUGGUCGCAGAAGGUUCUAGAACAGGCUUUUAGACCUUGGAUUUUCAGCCUCUCUGUACAGUAGAUAACAAGCAGUACUUUGUGACCGUUGUCCAUCAUUCUUACUCUAUGCAUAUGUAACGGCGAGUCCUGCCUUCCUUUAGCACUGCAGGGACUCGCCACGCUGCUCCUUCACCCCACUCCACUGUGACUAACAUUCGUAAUAUCCGUAACUCCUCCUCAUCACUGUCUACCUGCCAUCCACAUCAGCCCAACAUUGCUUUUGAAAGGGCUACCAGUCUUUUAAAAUGGACGAUACACUGGACGAUAUGCUGGAACCUCUCCUGGAACAGUGCUGUUUAGUUUGGUGGACUUGUAGAGCUGAAACACUGAAGAGUCGGGUCCUCCACACCCAUGGUAACAUUCCCGUCUGUUCUCUUUGUGACCCGUGGGGGGAAAAAAAUGACCUAUGUUUUGGUUUGCCCCUAUGAGAUCAUGUUGACAUGAUGUAUAUUACUUGAAGAGCUGUUCAAAUUUUGUAUGGUUUGUAGGGGGAGGGAGGAGGGCCUGUCAUUCCUGUCAUUUGAGGAAACAUGCGUCCCGGUCAUUCCAUAGCUGUAUGGAAACAUUUUGUACGCUGUUUGUUGCACAAACUUUUUCAAGAAGCCUUCUGCACUGUAUAAAUGAUUACAUAGGAUGGGGGGGAGGGUAGCCGUUGCAGUCCAAUGAGUCUGAAUCAUGAUUUGUAAAUAUGUUUUCAUACAGCAAAACUUUUGAUAAGGUUUUAAACAUUUCUUGUAAAAUGAAGAUGUGUAUAUUAGUCUCCUGGAAAAAAAAAAAAAAAAGAGUGUA